AUGGAGCAAAAGAUGCGAAGGGUCGUGGACGCUCUCAUCGAGCCGAUAGAACGGAGGCAAACGACAACGGGAGCUGGAAAGGUCAACGUUACCGAAUGGGAUGCGCAGACUGCAGCGGCAUGCACAGCAUCGCUGGAGGCUCUGAACGGCGUUGCGAGCAACCCUUCUGGAAUGGCUGUUUGCUAUAAUCUGCCGUUCUUGGACAACACAAGUGGAGUAUUCGAGGCCGACCUUCGAUUAUACAUGAUCUCUGCACCAACUGGAGGAUUCGCGAACAUCGCGAGUCCGAACGUACAAGUGGGACUGGCAUACGACGGAGCAACCGUGUCUGCUGUCAACGCAUCGUCGUUGAAGCGAAGACAAGAAGAUGAAACUUCGUUGAUCUCGUGGCCGAGGGAUGAGGAGAGAUUACAAAAACGAGUAACGGCGCCUACGCUGGUUCAAUCAUAUGCCUUUGUUGGACAAAUCAACAAGGACCUACUGGCUACCAAUAUGGGGACAACCGCACUGCAAAAGAUCCUCGUUCCAACCGUCACAUUGACGGGCCAAGGAGCCACCGGUCAAACGGUGAACACAACACUCUCGAACGACCAAGCAACCUUCGUAUCCGGCGUCUUUGCCGCCGUUGUCACGCCCACAAAAUCACGAGUCCAACCACCGAUUCAAACCCUCGUAGUAGCGGCAGGCUCUCCUUUUGUGGUGCCCGGAUUGAACAUCUUGAUCUUCCCGAUCGGAGCCAUCAUCACAGGCAUCUGGACUGUUUUAUUUAUCGCGACCAUCGCCUACGGCACAAUCGGACGCAUGCAAUUCCGAGAACAAUAUCGAAGAAGAGCAGCACGAGCCAAUAAGGCGGACAUGGCACGCAUUUAG